AUGAGUGUCCUGGUCGGCUGGUACGUCCUCGUUCUGGCGACGUGCACGCAGAGGCCCGUGCUGGCUGGGUUCGGGAGCCAGGAAGCGCAGAUAGAGAGGCCUAAAGAGCUGCUGCGCCAUCAGCAGAACCACAGGCCUUCGUUCAUUGAUAGAAAGCUAGAGAACAAAGAGGACGCCGAGCCUGUUUUGCACCUGGACGAUCAGGCUGAUGGGUUUUCCAGCGGGGAUGGCGACGACAAUGAACUGAUCCGCAAGUUGAAACCGGAGACCAGCAUCGAGAAGCCUGCCACGCAGAUUAGACACAGCAGAUCGAGAAACCACUUUGCUAGACAGGUGAAGCUUGAUGAUCCGGAGCUAGCUUAUGCCAGUGGGUCUGGCAAAAGAGUCCAGCUGACGGACAACGUGUCCCGGAGUGAGGACAGCUUGAAGCUAGCUAAAGGCAAGGGUUCCGGGGUUGAUGAAUCUGGACAAGAUGCUAGGUCCAGCGGUACGAUUGACGAGAGGUCAACCGUGGAACUGGACAAACUGCUCACUAGGCUGUCCGAAGCUGGAUCUGAUCGCAGGAAGGAGGGCAAGGCGAGGAACUCGCCGUCGGUCCGUCACAGGAACAACUCGUUCAACAAGCUAAAAAAGGUGAUGGCGAAGAACAGGGAUAGGAUGUUCAGCAAUCGUACUGCGGGCAACCUGACGGAGAUUUAUGGUCAUAUUGUUCAUGGGACCCAGACCGGAGACAGGAAUGAUUUAGACGGCGUGGAAAUGGAGAUCCUGGAGGACUAUGAUGUGUACAGUGACAACGAGAGUGGUAGGAACAGUUCCGAGCGCGAGGAUGAUUACGAGGAUUACGGGAGGACGAUGGUAGACCAGGCGAAGUCGGGCAAGGAAGGUGUCCACGUGGACAUCGUGACGAGGUUCUUGAGGAUCAUCGAGAACCAGCAUCUCCUAGGCGAGAACUGCACCGCUGGAACGGAUUUGAACCUCGGCGAGGGUGUCGUCGAUCAGUAUGCCCAGGAGAAGUUCCGGCUAGAGGCGAAUUUAGCCGUGAACAGGGCGAACAUGCUGACCAGGCUCUGGAAAUACGCGCCCGACGUGAUGCUGUCCUCGGAGUACCUGCUGCACGCGAGCGUGCUCUCGAUGGUCGAGUUCGACGAGGACAUAUUCGCUGCCGGGAACUGCUACGAUAAGCUUCAGUACAAGGAUCGCUGGCUCUACUGCCCGUUUGCCCAUCGGUUGCAGGAUCAGGACGGGAUACUCGUCAAGGACCUCGCCAUCGAGUACAAGUAUCUCAGCAACAGCAGCGAGUGGUUCUAUAUAGCAAGGAAGAACGCGGAGAAGGUGAUCGCGAACAACGAACAGUUCAGUCGCGGUUUCCACACAUACACCAUGAACGAGACUACGCACACGGAACGGGAGGAGGACGAGAUUUUGACCGUCAGAUACGAGGACGGCAGGUGGUCGAAGCCGUACUACGAUUGCGGCGGCGGGAAUAUCUGGAUGCUGACUUACACCGUUCCUUUCUUCGGCUACGUCAAUGACACUUACUUCUUCAAGGGGACGAGUGGUAUAGAUAUAGAUCUACGAAGGUUGGACAUAGAUCAGUGUCCCUUGCCACCUGGAUCCACGCAGCUGAAUAUAUUUGCAGCCAGUGACAAGUGCAAAAAACGAACCACCGAGUGCAUCGCCAUACCAGGUUUGGGAUUUCGUCGUGGGAGCUACCGAUGCAUCUGCAAGCGUGGAUUUUAUUAUCCCGAUACGAAGUCGAUGAAUCGAUAUUACAAUGGCACCGUGAUCGAGGAAGAAUACGAGAAACUGAUGAUGGGGGAGGAGAGCCAAUACGACGUGGACGGCGUGUUCGAGUGUCUUCCUUGCGCGGAGGGCUGCGAGUCCUGCGAGGAUGACUCGCCGUGCGUCGUGUCCUUGAACUGGCUGAUGAGGACGGCGAUCCUGAUUCUGGAAUGCUGCGUCAUCGCCUGUUUGCCCGCUGUCGUUCUGUUUACCUGGAAGUACGGGAACGUCAAGGUCGUGAGAGCCGCGAGCCCGGUUCUCCUCCGCGUAAUCGUGCUGGGUGCAUUCUUCAUAUAUUGUACGACCAUUGUAAUGUACCCCCGACCGAACGUCAUCACGUGCACGGUGCGAGUCUGGCUACGAGAAAUUGGAUUUUCACUCACUUACGGCGCGCUGAUGCUCAAAACCUGGCGGAUAUCCGUGAUAUUCAGAGUGAAGUCGGCGAAAGCGGUGAAAAUAACGGACGGCAGCCUGCUGAAGCGGCUGGGUGUCAUCGUGAUGAUAUUCAGCGUGUUCCUGAGCAUUCGCACCCUCGUCGCGCCGCCGGUGGUGAUAGUCGCUCGAACUGCAGACGACCUGAAAGCUUAUCUGUGCCGGACGGACUGGUGGGAUCACAGCUUUACUACACUGGAGGUGAUGUUUCUAAUAUGGGGCAUCCGGUUAUGCAUCGUGGUACGCAAAACUCCAUCAGAGUUCAAUGAGAGCCGCUUCAUCUCGAUGGCGAUCUACAACGAAUUUCUACUCUCAGUCUUCCUAAACGUUUCGAUGUUGUUCUUGCAAUCGCCGGCCAAUCCAGAUUUAUUGUACGUGAUAUUUUUCUGUCACACCCAGCUCACCGUCACGCUGCUGCUGUGCCUGAUAUUCGGCAGCAAGGCCUACGUGGUGUUCCGUAGCGGGGGCAAGGACGACGCGAAACACUCGGGCGCGACGGGGAAAUUUCUGGGGAAAAGCGGUCGGCCGCCAGGCACCAGCAACCAGACGAACUCCAUCUCCCUUCAGCAGGGAAACUUCACCGACGAGAGCGACGGUGCCACGGAAGAAUUUCGACGGUUCAUUAAUCAAUUAGAGGUUCUCAAAGAGAAGAACGUUCUUCUUGGUAAUCACCACCUUGUAAACAAGUUGGCAGCCAUGCACGAGGCAGCGAAUCGCGCAGAAACCCAAGUCUCCACGAUACAGGCGAUCUCUUCGAGCAUGAGACUGAACGAUCUGAAUGGAUCCACGGCGAUCGCCGAGACGAACGUUGGCGGGUCGUACCAGGUUGACAGUGACAAGAAAAGCGGUGUCGAGUCGAAGGAGGAGAAGAGGUGCCAGGCCUGCCUAGAGAAGAAUGGCAUCAAAAGUAGGGAGCAAAGCUCCUCAAAGGACACCAGUGAGGUCCUGGUGACUGUCGAGGCGAAGAAGACUCCUCGUACCACCGACGUCGCAGUGUCCACUUCCAGUAGGCCAAGCACAGAGGACAUUGGCACGGAAACCAAGCAAGAAGAGAAGGAGACUAGAGAGAAGAGCAAGAGCAAGUCUGGCCACGCCAGGACUCACGCCAUAGUCAUCAACCUGGACGACAAGAGCAGGUUCUCUGAAGAGGUCACUGUGUAGAGACAUUGGUCACAUGAUCUACGGACUAUCCUCUUAUUAGAGUACUCUAGCUUCAAGAUUUGUCAUUUCGAAUUGUGCAGUGGAAGAGGUCAGUGUUGUUGGUGUUCGCACGUAGACAGUUUGAAGGUGUGUUCAACGAGAGAUCACUGGAAAAUGUAAGUGGAAAAUUGUUUGAAAAUGCUGUUCGGUUUCCCAAAGGCUCGGGAACGACGUGGACCAGAUUUGUAAAGUUUCUGAGAACGUUGAGAUCACGGUUUUUCACUGUUUGGAAACGAGCGUCUUUGGGAAACCGAGGUGGGAAGUCUUUGAAAGUGUCUGUCUUUCGAGCAGUGAGCAGAAAAUGGAGUAAACUUAGUUAUCGAACGACGGGACUUGCAGCAAAUGGGUAAACGCACUCUUCCCGGAGAUGUGCAUCACCGAUCCGUCCCAGAUAGAAAAGUUCCGCACCCUUUCUCUACUUUCACCGAUUUUUAUGGGCAUCCCUCGACUUCGGGGUACUCCGGUAACGUUAACUUAACCUACAUAGCGCCUGCGUCGUUAUUAACGAACGUAUUUUAUUAUCAGCGCACGGUGCUGCAAAAUUCGAGUCCGAAACUUUGACAGAACGAUUCUUCGGGUGAAAUUACAUCGAAAACAUCUAAAGAACUUUCUUUCUAGGGCGUACCGUUCUCGAGAAAAAGGAGUUAAAAGUUCGGCACCGCCCACAGCUCUGGUAGCCACGCCCUUUUCGACGCGCGCACAGUUGUCAUAUCUUCAAACCCAAUUUUCUCGGAACGGGCGCGUCCUAUGAGAAAAUUUCAAGGGGCAAUUUCGAUUCGUUUUUGAUCGAGAAAUCAAAUGUCGUCGAGAUUUCACGCGAAACCGAAGCUUCGCCGAUAGAACACCUCAUCGAAUCACACCGUCUGAAGCUGUGGAACACGAGUCUUGAUUUCGCGCCUCGAUAUUUACUGUCACGAAACAAUACUUGUUCAGGGCUCAGAGUCGCGAACGUUGUUUAUUUACGUAUUGAAUUCUAUCUGGGACACAUCCAUCAGUCUCGACGCGCAGCGAUGUUCGCGCGCUCGCUCAGCUUCUGUAAAUAUACGCUCUAGCCGCUUAUUCGAAGUCUUCUGCCGUACGCGUAAGUCGAUCUGUAAAUAAUACAAGUCGCUCCGCGAACGAGUCGCGAGUUCUACAUGAUCGAACCCGUUUCCGCCGAGAUCUCGAGCGUGUCAGCGAAUGCGGGGGUGGAGAGGGGGCGGGGCGAAAGUUGCCCCCACAUCGCGCGCUCGUCAUAUCAGUCCAACUGUAAAUAACGUUGUACAUAAAACACGCGACGCGAGUUUGCCACUAGACUAACGAUCGAGUUUCGUUGUUAUGAUCAUGCGUUAGGUUACCACGGACGUCGUUAGGCUAAACGAGAAGUUUCGUCGGGUUGUUGCGCACGUGGCGGUCUUUCCGAAUUUCCGGAAAAUUUCAUUCGAAUCCGAACGAAUUUUGAACAAUUCCCAACACUUUUCGCCAAUGAAUUUCGACGAUAUUUUCAUUGCUGAAAAAUAUGUUGUUUGUUGAUAUUUAUACAGAAAAAAUUGUUUAAUGGUUGAAUUAAUUUAGGGAUUUCGUUUUUGGUGAUUCAAAAUUCAUGUUGGAAGUGGAAGUAGAUCAGAGUACAAUACUUUGAUAUAAAUUCGUUGAAGGUGAACUGGUGGAUAGCUUUCCAUUUGUUUUAAAGAGCGUUUGACAGUGAAGUGUGCUCUCGACAUGAAUGAGGGAAUAAUGAUUUGAGAACACUCGAAUGUCCCGAUCAUGUGCAACAGCCUGAUAAUCACGCGACAAUGGACACUUUUCGACGCGCUGCGUUGAUGAACGAAUGAUGAUGGCGAGGAGACGUCGAUGGGACGGUGAUGGGAAUAUUUAUUGACGUGGAAUUUAAGUUGGGUUGUUGCAUACAAAAUGGUGUAGAUUCUUUUUCAUUUUUAUUGGAUUAUUUUUAUUAAAUAUUUCUGUUGGACGAAACAUUUCUAUUGUAUAAUAUCAUUAGUAAUGUUUUUUGGUGACUUUUUUGUCGAUGAAUUUUCAUUGUCUAUAGCGAAUAAUUCUUUUUAUUCAAAAAAUAAAUUUUAUCUUGAAAUUGCAAUGAAAUUUUGAGUUUCAAGUGAAAUAUGCGAUUUUAUAUUCUACUAUAUUUUACGAUAAUUAAUAACACACCCGUCGUACGUGCGAGGUUAAACAAUUAACUCCACUGUUCCGUGUGCAACAAGUUAUUCGAUUGAAUAAUGCUCACUGAAGUGGUGGGAGUGUUCAUCGAUCCGUGCCGAAUCGUUAACAAGUCAAACAGUCAAUUCUUCUCAAAUCUAACACACUUGAUUCCUUUAAAUUAUUAUUGCAUAAUAAAAGUAAACUUCUUAAAAAAGUAUAUACGAAAGAAAACAAUAAAAAAACUCCGAAAACAUUAAUUAAUAAACUCACAGACA